AUGGGAUUCGGGCCACUUGGAGUUAAUGUCCAACUGGGGGUCUACGGAGACCGGAUCCGAGGUGCCGCCGCCGGACGGGACUCUAAGAUGAAGUUAUGGGAUGUCGUGGCUGUCUGCCUGGUGUUGCUCCACACCGCGUCUGCCUUCCCGCUGCCCGCCGGUAAGAGGCUUCUCGAAGCGCCCGCCGAAGACCACUCCCUCGGCCACCGCCGCGUGCCCUUCGCGCUGACCAGUGACUCCAAUAUGCCCGAAGAUUAUCCUGACCAGUUUGAUGACGUCAUGGAUUUUAUUCAAGCCACCAUCAAAAGACUGAAAAGGUCACCAGAUAAACAAGCGGCGGCACUUCCUCGAAGAGAGAGGAACCGGCAGGCUGCAGCUGCCAGCCCGGAGAAUUCCAGAGGGAAAGGUCGCAGAGGCCAGAGGGGCAAAAAUCGGGGGUGCGUCUUAACUGCAAUACACUUAAAUGUCACUGACCUGGGUUUGGGCUACGAAACCAAGGAGGAACUGAUCUUUCGAUAUUGUAGCGGGUCCUGUGAAGCGGCCGAGACAAUGUACGACAAAAUACUAAAAAAUCUGUCUCGAAGUAGAAGGCUAACGAGUGACAAGGUAGGCCAGGCAUGUUGCAGGCCGGUCGCCUUCGACGACGACCUGUCGUUUUUAGACGACAGCCUGGUUUACCAUAUCCUAAGAAAGCAUUCCGCUAAACGGUGUGGAUGUAUCUGACCCCGGCUCCAGAGA